GUCGUGUUUCGACCAUGACAUCAGCACCGGAAUCUAAAGCGGUACCAAGCGAGGGCGAGAGUCCUGGCGCAGUUAUUACUAUCAUAAAUGAGAUCAUUUACAGCCCUAUAAACUUGCUGCUGACCGCGAUUAUCGCUUUGUUGUUGUAUAAAAUACUGAAAAGUAGAUUCGGAAUGGUAUAUAUGGAGCCGCCGGUGCCCGAGUUGCCGAAGAUACGUAAAGACAUGACGGUGGCAGAACUGCGUCAAUACGACGGGACGCAGCCUGAUGGCAGAGUUUUGGUUGCAGUCAAUGGGUGGAUAUUCGAUGUGACCCGGGGGCGCCGCUUCUACGGGCCCGGUGGGCCAUAUGCGGCGUUUGGUGGAAAGGAUGCAUCGAGGGGGCUAGCCACAUUCUCAGUAACAUCCUCUGACAAAGAGUAUGAUGAUCUGAGUGAUCUCAACUCUUUGGAAAUGGAAUCCGUGAAAGAGUGGGAAGCCCAGUUCAGAGAGAAAUACGACCUUGUCGGGCGGCUCCUGAAGCCAGGCGAGGAGCCAAUUAACUACUCGGACGAGGAGACAGAAGAGACCGACAACUCCACGAACAACACAGACAAGAAAGAAAAGUAGGCAUCCAUCCCGGAAGGAGGAGGUCUUCUCCCAGACGCUCACAUACACAACUGAAAGCUAAUUCACUUAACUUUAUGACCAACGUAAUCAUACAUAGUUUUUCUUCAUAAGUCAUUGUCAUCUCAAAGAAGAACUAAAUUAAUUACGACGUACCUGUAAAAACAUUACAAGAUUACUCGAAUCAUAAAGUAAGGGAAUAAGCUUAGCUAUUUACUAAUUGUGCAACUUUGCUGUUUUUUGACUGAAAACCUGGUUCUGUCCUUUCAAACAAUCCAAACUAAAUCUGUCCAAGAAUUGUACUUAAAUAUUUCCUAAGUUUCUCAAACGCGCUAUGCGUACCAUCGUUAUCCGUAGGUAUCUAUUUUAUUCUUCUAUCGUUUCGACAGCCAGUAAAAUUUUAUAUGUGCCCUGCACUUUCAACGACAUUGUCCGUGGCAUUUAUAAAAUGCUAUACCUUGAACAGAAUAGAACAAAACACGCAUCACAAAACACUCGAUAAAGGACGAUGAACGGUGCAAUAAGGAGGCAUGCCUUAACGUUAAACUGGCAUGUCCAUGAGCUACACAUGGCGCAUUUUAACACAGAAGAUCUAGAUUCUGAAUCUAUUCCUAGAUUUUCAUUUAAAGCAGCGGAUUUUUAUGUAUUUGAUAAUAAAGCAGCUAGUUUUCCUAACCUAUAACUGCCUAAUAAUCGAACAAACUUACAGAAUUAUCUUUCAUAUAUAAGUAUAUUGGAAAAAAACAUCCAGCAGCGCUUCAGCAUACAGCUGCGCUACGUAAGGAAGUUCUUCUGCCUAGUUGUGAUCUCUCUGAAAAUUUUUCCUUAAAAAUAAGUUUUAUUUUAAAAUAAUAUAAAUUUAAUGAACUGCAAUCUGUCACCUUUCGUCGCCAUUAAUACUGAACCGGAAAUGAAUUAGAUUUUUAAUUUAUAAUAAACUGCUGCUUUGAUGGGUUCGAGACUAUUAUCAAAAUGUAGUUUUAAUUAAUGUAGGAUAAUUAAAAAUAUGAAUUUGCGGGACAUGCAAAGUAGAAUGAAAGCAGUAAUGGUCAUCAUCCUUUACUCGGUGACUUAGUUUUUAAACAAAAUCUAGUACCUUGUACCUUUUACCAGUACGUUGCACAGUUAGUGUCUGACAAGAUUAAACGAUUCGCUUUACAAGGCAAGCUACUAGAGUUUCGCGUAUGUGGUCUGUGCCUUCACUAUAUAUAUUUUGAAUUUGAAGAAACGUGUCCACAAUAUCCAGAUUUGACAUUGGUACCCAUCAAGCAAUACUAAUCAUACUGAAUGCGUAUAAGUAUGCUGCAGGUAAUAAGGGAGCCACCACAGCUAUCGACAAAGAAUCGCAGUAAACCGGUCAGAGGCUCUUAUAGCAUGAACAUAAAGCAUUUUUUUACCAGCUUGUGUGGAGACAUUCUUAUAGUAUGUCUUUUUUGAAGACGGAGUAAAAUGACACUUGCAGGGUUGCCAGUUUUCAUAAAAAUAUUUUAAAUAGUCAUGUAGUUGUUGUCGACAGUUUUAUCGAUAAAAUGUGAAAGAAGCUAAGAUUUUGCCAAAAAUGUCUAAAUUGUGAAUGUUACGACGUUCUUAUGAUUCCUAAUUACGUUAUAGUUGCCUACUAGUAUCGAAAUCAAGUUUUAUUAAUAUACCUUUUAAUAAAAACAGGUGGAUUUGAUUAUCUACAUAGCGUUAAAAUGAAAUAGUUUUAAAUAUUUUUG